AUGCCCUGGAAGGCUCCGUUUAAAAGUUACAGGCAAAAUGCAUCAGUAGGCAUAUUAAGUCGCAACGACCUUCUAGCACAAUCCAAACUUCCUGUCACUACAGGAUAUGUCUCGAAAUAUAAAACUCAAAUGAAGCCACGAAAUUUGAUAUACCACUUCAUUGCCAUACAAGUUUGGUGUCAUACUCACUGCUCUUCCGUCUAUCCCCUGCCAACAAUUUUGUCAUUCUCUGUAUCAAAGCCUGCGAGGAUGGCUGAAUCCGAUACGGACCUCUUCCAAUACACCGCUGGCCGUUGGCUACGGAAUGAAGAGAAGAAACUCCAAAACCGAUACACCCCAUUCAAUGUGUCUGAGUUAAAGAGGAUCGCAGCGCAUAGCAUCAGUGCAGAUACAUGCACUGUAAUCAUGGAAUUAGCAGAAGGGAACUACAAUAAAUGCUUCAGACUUGAGAUGGAUAAUGAAUCAACCGUACUAUACUACGGCAUCUGGGGUCGCAACCAUGGACUUUGCUUGAACGAUUCUCGGAAUACCGAGAUGCCUGUGUAUGCUUGGGAUGCAGACAUGGAUAACUCUGUCGGUUCUGAGUAUAUCAUUAUGGAGGAAGCAUUAGCUACCAUGGUGCAAGAAGUGUGGGAAGAUCUACACAUCGAUGACAAAAUGCAAUUCGCGCAAGAGCUCGCUGAACUACAGACAAAAUUGCUCCAAGUACCACUGAACUGUUAUGGGAGUCUUUACUAUGCAACUGCCAACUAUCAAGAUGCGGUUCCGGCUGAGACCUGUGGAGAAGUACCCCCAAAGCUCAAAGACGAGAUACGCCAUCGUUUUGUUAUCGCUUCCACCUACUGUCGCUUGAAGAUUCAUUGA